AUACAUAUAUAUAAUUGAUAUAUUUAUGACAGUGUGAUAUUAAAGUUGUGAUAUAAUCAAACGCAGUUUUUUAGAUCUACUUUAAGAGAGAAAAAGAGGAUUAGAGUUCGAAAUUUUAGGUUAUAUCGUGAUUAUUGUUGAAUUCAAAUUUAACAAAAUGACGUCGAUAUUUUGUAUGCGAACUGGCUUUGUUGUAAGCCGAACAUUUCUUUUACCCAAUAUUCUUGGGAGAAGUUAUGUGACAUACAUACAAGGUCAAUCCCCUGAACCUCGUGUGCGAGAAUACUUCUAUUAUAUUGAUCAUCAAGGCAUGUUGUUCCUGGAUGAUGUCCGCAUAAGGAAUUUUACCUCCUGCUUUAAAGACAAAAAAUUUCUGGCAUUCUUCUUCAAGCGCCUAAGGAAAAACAAUACCGAACGUUACACAGACGACUUUCCAUUCUUGUCAAUUUGUGGUGUAGAGAGAAAUUAUGUGAGAUGUGACGAUUUGCCAUUGGUCUUUACGAAGGUGAUUCAAAAGCAUAACGUGGAAACUGGUGCAGAAGAGGACUGGUUUAGUUAUGCGCAUGCAGAUGACUUAUUGAUGGUGCAGUUUGAGCCACAAAGAUUAUUUAUGAACAUUAAAACGGGAAGAGUGUAUCAUCCUGCACCAGAGAAAGCGAGUGGGAUCGGUUUAGUGAGAUCUAAUCUAGCUAUUGAAUUCAGCGCUUCGUUCAACUUUGAAAAUGGCGAAGGAAACGCACCAACACAUUUUGUGUGGAGAGACGAGCGAUACCAACUCGAUACCAAAUGGUACAGAGACAAACUGUCAUAAAUAGUAAAAUAAAAACAACGAAACUCUUUAUAAUUCGUAAAUACAUUGCGUAACUAUAAAAAAGGAAUUUUUCAAUGACCUAAGCGUAAGCCUCGAGGCUUACUCAAAUAAGCUUUAAUGACUUACUCAAAUAAGCUUUAAUGGUCACCUCAAUCAUCCAUCAAAAAAGUUAUUAAUAAAGAAUUUAUAAACAAG